UUGAUCCUAUUUUUACAGUGUUUCAGCUCCUCAUUUGCACCACUAUUUAAAAGAAAUUAUGAUUCUAUUUAAAGGUCCUGCACAGCUGCUCAGGUGUUUUUAGUCACUGUUCAGCUUGAAGCUGCUCAGUUCUGUGUUGAGGUGAUACAGGAAGCAGCGUCCUGAGAACGACAUAAAAACACACACACGUUAAAAACGUCUGCAGGUUGUCUGAGUUUUCCUGAUGGGACCUGAAGGCAGCAGCAGGUGUUUCCAGGUGUGGGGGGGUUUCCCUGUGAUGUGUUGCAGAGCAGCGCCCCCCGCAGACUGACUGAAGUGUAUAUCUGAGUGUGACCGGAGACCUCGGAGGAAACGCCCGGGGCUCCUCAGCUGUUCUGGAUCUGUGACGUCACUUCCUGUCAGUUUUGUUCUUUGAGCACCAAAAUACAGGAAGCUAUCGAAUGUACCUCCAGAGUAAAAGCACCGCAGGCAGCUUUUACUCUGACAGCAGCCACAGGAAGUGGCGUGCGCAUUUUUACAGCAGCUUGAUGCGGCUGCAGGUUGUUCGCUGAGAAACUGACAGGAUGAAACUGAUCAGAAUCAACAGUAAAGAAUAAAAGCUGCUGCUGAUGUCAUCAUGGCUCUGAAGGCUCAAGUUCUGUACGACUUCACAGCUGAAACAGGAAACAACGAGCUGACUGUCAGAGAGGGCGAGACGGUCACCGUGGUCAACCAGUCUGUGGGUGGAGGCUGGAUUGAAGCUCAGAACUCCAGCGGACAGACCGGACUGGUACCUGAGGGAUAUUUACAGGUCGGCGGUGGCGAUGGCGGCAGUGGAGGGGGCUGGGACUCCUGGUCAGGGGGCGGGGCUUAUGUCAGCAGUACACAAGCUGUCGAGGAUGAUGAUGGCGAGUGGGACGACGACUGGGACGACCAAUCAGUGGGUGGUUACCAUGGUGACAGUCAGGGGGAUGGGGAGGAUGGAGCUUCAGGACGGGGCACCCACACACCCUCCGUAAAGAUCUCACUUAACAGGUUUCCGUUCUCUAAAGGUCCCAGUCCAGAAGUCUUCUUGUUAGCCAAAGCUCCAGCUAACAGCAGAGACAGACUUCCUGUCUAUAUGGGCGAGGUGGGACCAGUCUGGCUUUACCCGUCAACUCCUCUGGACUGUGUGAUCGCCGACCCCAAGAAAGAAUCUAAACUGUACGGACUGAAGAGCUUCAUCGAGUACCAGAUCACACCGAGCAUGACUAACAGAGCUGUCAAUCAUCGCUACAAGCACUUUGAUUGGCUGUAUGAACGUCUGCAGGAGAAGUUUGGCUCAGCGCUGCCCAUCCCCUCCCUCCCCGACAAACAGGUCACAGGCCGGUUCGAGGAGGACUUCAUCAGGUCGAGGAUGGAGCGGCUGCAGGCCUGGAUGACUCGGAUGUGUCGUCAUCCCGUCGUAUCUCAGAGCGACGUCUUCCAGCUCUUCCUCACCUACAGAGAUGAGAAGGAGUGGAAAACAGGGAAGAGGAAGGCGGAGAAAGACGAGACGGUCGGACCAAUGAUCUUCUGUCUGAUCGAGCCCGAAGCUACGGAGCUGGACGCUGUCGAGGUUGAACAGAGGUGUGAACAAUACAGUCGGUUCACAAAGUUGAUGGAUGACGGCGUUAAAGAGCUGCUGAACGUUGGAAACACACACUGGAAACGCUGCACAGGACCGCUGCCUAAAGAGUACGAGCGGAUUGGCCGAGCCUUCAGUAACCUGUCAGCUGUGUUCAGCAGCAGCAAAUAUCCAGGAGAAGAGACGCUGACUGAAGCUCUGACUGCUGCUGGAAAAACAUACGAGGAGAUCGCAGAGAUAGUCGCACAGCAGCCUCAGAAGGAUCUUCACUUCCUGUUGGAGACAAACGGCGAGUACAAAGGGCUGCUGGGAUGUUUCCCAGAAAUCAUUGCUGUACACAAGGCUGCAAUAGACAAAGUGAAGGAAGGAGAUCGUUUAGUUUCUGCAGGAAAAAUCAGCAACAACGACCGAAAAACCCUGAAUCAUCGAAUCAGCUGCAUGAGCUACACACUGCAGGCUGAGAUGAAUCAUUUCCAUAGCAACCGUAUCUACGACUACAACAGAGUGAUGCAGCGUUACCUGGAGGAACAGGUGACCUUCUACCAACAGAUCGCUGAUAAGCUGAGAGGAGCUCUGAGCCAGUUCACCACACUGUGAGGAUGACGUCACCGAUGACGUCACUGAUGACAUCACCGAUGACAUAAAUCUGUCACAUCUUUCUGUUAUAUGAGAAAUAGAUUUAAUAUCAAUAGAGCUGAUCACACUGAUUGAUUAUUUUUCUGACACUUUGAUAUAAAACAUUUAUUUAAAAUCUUUAAUCUUUAAUGUUCUUUUA